CCUGCACCGCAUUGGGAUCCGCCACACUUCUCUCUCUCUCUCUCUCUUGUUCACUGCUCACGCCCUGCUGCUCUACUCUCUCAGCUCCGUCACAUCGACCCCAGACUGUCAUCCUCUCUCGUGAAAUCCCUGUAGAGGUGAAAGGGUUCUUGGGCGAUGGCCUUCACCCUCGCGGGGAUCCGGCUCCCCACCGUGCGGACGUCGCGGCUGUCUGCGCGAUCGGGAUUCCAGGCCGAGCAGGGGAGGAGGGCCGCCGAUCUCGCUUUCCUGUCAAGAAAGCCGAUCAAGGUGCCGUUUCUUGGAAGUUCUUCUGAUGCUGACCCUGCAUAUACAACUGUUUCUGCAACCGGCAAAGUGCUAGUUCCAGGUACUGAAAGUGAUGAUGUGCCAUCUUCUACUCUUCCGACCUCAAACACUGAAGCUGCAUCAAGUAAUCUGCAGUCCUUUGAGGACAAGGUUGAGCCAGAUGCAGGGCAGACAUCCACUGCCUCCGAACUUACUGGUGCAGAAAGUACAAGUGAAGGUGACAAAGGCACAAAUUCUUCUCAAGCCAAAGAAAGGGUUGAGGAUGUUGAGGAAAAACCAAGAUGUGUUCCUUCACCUGGUAGUGGACGAAGAAUUUAUGAAAUCGACCCAUUGUUAAAGGGUCAUCGAUCACAUCUUGAUUACCGAUAUAACCAGUACAAGAAAAUGCGCGAGAUGAUUGAUCAGUAUGAAGGUAGUUUGGAUGCAUUUUCUCGUGGCUAUGAGAAGUUUGGCUUCAAACGCAGUGCUAGUGGUGUCACUUAUCAAGAAUGGGCCCCAGGAGCAAAGUGGGCGACACUCAUUGGUGACUUCAACAAUUGGAACCCCAACACAAAUGUCAUGACCCAGAAUGAGUAUGGUGUUUGGGAGGUCUUUCUACCUAAUCAUGCAGAUGGCUCACCACCUAUUCCUCAUGGCUCACGUGUAAAGAUACGCAUGGACACUCCAUCUGGCAUCAAAGAUUCCAUUCCUGCUUGGAUCAAAUAUUCUGUACAGGCCCCAGGUGAAAUACCAUAUAACGGAAUAUACUAUGAUCCACCUGAAGAGGAAAAGUAUGUGUUCCAACAUCCUCAACCGAAAGCUCCAAAAUCAUUGCGUAUUUAUGAGUCACAUGUUGGAAUGAGUAGUCCGGAACCAAAGAUUAACACAUAUGCUAGUUUUAGGGAUGAUGUUCUGCCUCGAAUCAAAAGGCUUGGGUACAAUGCUGUUCAGAUAAUGGCCAUCCAGGAGCACUCUUAUUAUGCAAGCUUUGGGUAUCAUGUUACCAACUUUUUUGCACCCAGCAGCCGUUUUGGAACCCCAGAUGAACUGAAGUCCUUGAUUGACAGAGCUCAUGAGCUAGGUCUUCUUGUUCUCAUGGAUAUUGUUCACAGUCAUGCAUCAAACAAUGUACUUGAUGGACUGAAUCAGUUUGAUGGUACUGACUCACACUAUUUCCAUCCUGGCCCACGGGGCCAUCACUGGAUGUGGGAUUCUCGCCUUUUCAACUAUGGAAGUUGGGAAGUUUUAAGGUUUCUAUUAUCAAAUGCAAGAUGGUGGCUGGAGGAGUACAAGUUUGAUGGGUUUAGAUUUGAUGGUGUGACCUCAAUGAUGUACAUCCAUCACGGACUUGCGGUGGGUUUUACUGGGAAUUACAAUGAAUACUUUGGGUAUGCUACUGAUGUGGAUGCAGUGGUCUACUUGAUGCUUGUAAAUGAAAUGAUCCAUGGGCUUUAUCCAGAGGCUGUUACUAUCGGUGAAGAUGUAAGUGGUAUGCCGACUUUCUGCAUCCCUAUUCGAGAUGGUGGUAUUGGGUUUGACUAUCGCCUUCAUAUGGCUAUUCCAGAUAAAUGGAUUGAAAUUAUGAAGUUAAAUGAUGAAGACUGGAAGAUGGGCGAAAUUGUUAGCACUCUCACCAACAGGAGGUGGCUAGAAAAAUGUGUGGCUUAUGCUGAGAGCCAUGACCAAGCUCUUGUUGGUGACAAGACAAUAGCAUUUUGGCUAAUGGACAAGGAUAUGUAUGACUUCAUGGCACUGGAUAGACCAUCAACUCCCAGGAUUGAUCGUGGAAUAGCACUUCACAAAAUGAUUAGACUAGUCACAAUGGGUUUAGGUGGUGAAGGAUAUCUUAACUUUAUGGGAAAUGAAUUUGGGCACCCAGAAUGGAUAGAUUUUCCAAGAGGUGUUCAACAUCUUCCAAAUGGAAAGGUUAUACCAGGAAACAAUAAUAGUUAUGAUAAAUGCCGUCGAAUGUUUGAUCUAGGAGAUGCAGAUUACCUCAGAUAUCGUGGAAUGCAAGAAUUCGAUCAAGCAAUGCAGCAUCUCGAGGACAAAUAUGGUUUCAUGACAUCAGAUCAGUACAUCUCCCGAAUGGAUGAGGGGGAUAAGAUGAUUGUUUUUGAACGAGGUGACUUGGUAUUUGUUUUCAAUUUCCAUUGGACAAAUAGCUACUUUGACUACCGAGUUGGUUGCUUAAAGCCUGGAAAAUACAAGGUGGUUUUGGAUUCUGAUGAUAAAUUAUUUGGCGGAUUCAAUCGAAUUGAUCAUACAGCAGAGUACUUCAGCACUGAUGGUUCAUAUGAUAACAGGCCUCGCUCUUUCCUAGUUUAUGCGCCUAGUAGAACUGUAGUGGUUUAUGCUCUUUCUGUGGACUGACUGAAGAUUGCUGGGUUGUGCAUCCGCACAAGAAAAGCCAGAUGAUGCAAACUGGCACGGUGAAAAACACAAUUGUUGCAUGCUCUUGGUUAUCUCUCAUGUUGGAGCUUAAAUGGCACAUCAGUUUUCGAUGUUCAUGAAGCCAACCUUACUGAGUAGGGCUCAGUGACUUUGGGUUGAUUCUGUUAACUGUAUUCCCUUAGCUUUGUGCCUCAAGUUGGGGGUGUCCCUUCCCGUCCUCCCUCCCCCAACCCAAACCUUUUUUUUUUUUUCCUUUCAAGUUAGUGAAAGGAUUUGCCUGUGUGGGGCUUGCAUUCUCUUUUUCGAUCUGCACAGAAUAAAGGUAAACACAGCACAUGCAUGCAGAAAGCAGUUCUCUGUUA